CUAGUUUCUGGAUUCAGUGUGAGCCGGAGAGAGCGUGGAGAUGGUGCCUUUUUCGGGAGCUCAGCUGGGAUUUUUCUUCUUUCUUUUAUGCCCCGCGAAUAUCAUCAGUCUUUGGUGGGCCGUGGGGACCCCACUGGUAAUGGACCCCAACAGCAUCUGCAGGAAAACAAGGCGCUUGGCCGGCAAGCAGGCCGAACUCUGUCAGACCGAACCGGAGAUCGUGAGCGAGGUGGCGAAGGGAGUCCGGCACGGGAUCAGGGAGUGUCAGUACCAGUUCCGAUUUCGCAGAUGGAACUGCACUGUCCACAAGUACUUCGGGAAACUCCUCCAACAAGACAUUAGGGAGACGGCCUUCGUUUACUCCAUCACCUCUGCCGGGGUUGCGUAUGCUGUGACUCAGGCCUGCAGCAUGGGAGAGCUGCUGCAGUGCGGUUGUGAGAACGACCUGAGCCGGGCUGCAACGCCUCCAGCUCCCGGAGCGGCCAGGGAUGCGAACCCCUGGCAAUGGGGCGGUUGUGGAGACGACGUAGAGUUCGGUUACGCAAAGUCCAAGCAGUUCAUGGACGCUAGAAAGAGAAAAGGUCAAAGUGACAUCAAGUCCUUGAUAGACCUGCACAACAACGAGGCAGGCCGGCUGAUGAUUAAGAACUACAUGCGGACUGAGUGUAAAUGCCACGGUUUGUCCGGCUCCUGUGCAGUCAAAACCUGCUGGAAGAAAAUGCCCCAUUUCCGCGAGGUCGGUGACCGCCUCUUGGAGCGUUUCAACGGGGCCUUCAAGGUGAUGGGCGGUAACGACGGCAAGACACUGAUUCCGGUCGGCCACAACAUCAAACAGCCGGACAAACAAGACCUGGUUUACUCCGCAGAGUCUCCCGAUUUCUGUCUGCCUAACAGGCGCACCGGCACGCCAGGGACAAGGGGCAGGGUGUGUAAUGGCACGGCGAUGGACGUCAGCGGCUGUGACUUGCUCUGUUGCGGCCGGGGACACCGGAAAGAGACAGUGAGCUUCCAGGAGAACUGCAAGUGUCGUUUCCACUGGUGUUGUGUGGUUCAGUGCAAACAAUGUACUGUCAGAAAGGAACUCAGUGUCUGCGUCUAGCCAGACUGCAAACCCAACGACAUGGUGAUAUAUUACCUAACGACUGAAGAAAUAUUAACCAAAGAUAGCAGUUCGGAUAUGAAGAGCAUAUUACAACUUUACAGGAAUUUCUAGCUUCAAUGCAGAAACUCCUCCACCCCGUCCCACCUCAACAACAGAGAGAUGCCCGUCGCUUUCCUCUGAGCUUGGAGU